AUGCUCGCCUCCUCACUCACUCGAGUCCCGCGAAGAGGCGCUCGUCCACAUCCGCAGCCUCUCAUCAUCACCGCCACUACUACCAUCUCGUCCUCAUCCUCAUCUUCACCAACGCCCGCCAUGUCUCUUCUGUUGGUCACCAUGCUGUCCUCGCUGCUCGCCCACGACGUCCAGGCGUGGGGCUCCAGCGUCAAGUACGCCGUCAACUGUCCGGACAGGUGCGACACGGGGCGCUGCGGCCCCACGUUCGGCUGCGCGCGCACCGUGCUGGACGACUGCGGUUGCUGCCGGGUGUGCGCCGCCGGGAGAGGGGAGCACUGUUACCGCACCGUGUCCGGCAUGCACGGCGUCAAGUGCGGACCGGGCCUCUUCUGCGAGUUCUACAAGGAUGAGGACGACUACGGGGAUGAAUACGGGGUGUGCAAAGACUGCCACUUUGGCACCUACGGCAUGGAGUGCCGUAAGAGUUGCGACUGCAAAGGUGGCCUUUGUGACCGGGAGACAGGCGCAUGCUUGACCCUGCGAUUCUUCUCCAAGCUGGCCAGCAAGCUCACGGCGGCACCUCAAAUUGGAGAAGAGGGCUCGGGAGAGGUUCAGGAGUCAGAUCAACCGGCAGCAAAUAUAUCCAGCAGUGCAAAGCGACCUCGCUGAACAGUGUAUUCAAUCUUUCAUACAUUCAUUUCAUCUCUCACUGGGGGGGUCAGUGGGAAUGUAGCAUUAAUUUAUAAGUGAACAGAAAGAUCUCAUUUUAUCUUCUUGAUUGCAUGUUGACUUUAUUUAUAUGGUUGAUAAUAUCCCCUUUUUACUCAUUAUUCUCAGAAUGUUUCGUGUGCCUUCAAGUGAGAGAAUAGGAUGUAUCAUUUUUCAUGUUGUGAUUGCACUAUGUCAUCUAUCUCUACUGUAUUUGUA